UUAACACUAAAAUUAACUGCAAUUGCGACGCUUGUUUGCCAAAAAACAAAUGAUCGUCAUCAUUCUGAUGACUCCAUCUUAUCAUCGCUAAUAAAAUUCAACUCGCCGUGAUCGUAGGCGUUAAUUUUCUUCAUUCGCGGCGUGCAAUUAAUUAAAUUAAUUCGUAAUUCGUAAUUGUGGUCGUUUCAGGGCAAACGAGUGUGUGUAUGCGUGUGAGAGACUCCGUGUCGCAGUGACGAGUGCGCAAUGCGCGCCGCGCUGCGUGUUUUGACGUCGUCCGUCGCCCGUCGCCGAGUCGAAUCCGAAUGUCGAUUGUCGCUCGCAGGAACACAGCAGGCUAGCAGGCAGUAGCGAGCCCGGCACCUGCACGCACCGCACGCAACAAACAGCACCCGACACGACUCGACUUAGUUCUAGCCACGAAAAGUCUCUGCACACUUGUGUGGUAGAAAACAGCACACACAAAUCUGCGAAACGUAAAGCAGGAAGCCGGAAGUGAAUCGUAGCAGGCGCAGGAUGAUAAUGGCACAUGCCGCAUAAGCGGCGAGAUGCGGCGCUGAGAAGCUGCAGGCCUGCGGAUGAGACGCAAACGUCAGGGACCUGCUCAACGCUGCAGGAAAUAAACAAACAAAAAAGUUUUUAUUUGUAUCGUUGAGGCAAGAUGGCAAUGCAAGGACCGGCGACCGCUCCGUCGACGCCGAUCGCGAUGGCGCAUUCGCACGCAGCGACCCUGAAUGAAGGCAAGACGCGGAGUGCCUCCCGGACGCAUCUCUACGUCCUGCCGAAGCUGCCGUCCAGCGAUUCGCUCAACAAUAGUCCAGGGCCUGCAUCACCAGGAAUAGCAACAAUAGACAAAACCAUGGACUUUAUCUCAGUGGAAAAACUCGACCCACAGUCAAAGCUAACAAGAAAAGAAUCAUACAAAGCACAACGCAAAAACUAUAGAAAGGAAAAAAAGCGAGUUACUAAUGAAUUGCUAAACUCUCUGAAGGAUCCGUCAGUGGUAGUGCUUGCUGAUUGGCUGAAAGUGCGAGGCACCCUAAAGUCAUGGACCAAACUGUGGUGUGUGCUCAAACCUGGCAUGUUGCUGCUGUACAAGAGUCCCAAAUGUAAAAGUGCGCAUUGGGUUGGCACAAUAUUGCUAAACUCGUGCAAAGUGAUCGAGAGACCCAGUAAGAAGGACGGAUUUUGUUUCAAACUGUAUAAUCCCCUGGACCAGUCGAUAUGGGCUCCGCGCGGACCAGAAAAUGAAACAAUAGGUGCUGUAGUGCAACCAUUGCCAAAUUCACACACGAUCUUCCGUGCCUCGUCGCAGGCAUCCGGUAUGUGCUGGUUGGAUGCAUUGGAGAUUUCAAUCCGUAAUGAUUCGGCGCUGGUGCGCAGUGUGAGUAAUAAGAGUACGCAUAGCGGAAGUGCAAAUCAUGAGACGCAGUGGAACGAAGCGGAUUACGAGCGGCAUUUUGUUGAUCAGGAUUUAGGUGAUGGUGGCCACCACACAGACAAUGGGGGUCAAUUAAGUGCAGGGGAUGCGGAUGCGUCCGAAACUGAAUCAGAAGUAUCCGUCAAGGAAGAAGAAGUUGAUGAGGAACCACAAGAGACGCCUUAUACACCUAAUCGCGAAGAAGAAUUCGGUGAUGCCGGCGCUCAAGUUGAAGAACUAGCCGAUGAACACAAAUCUUUGAUUUGGUAUCUAGUCAAACAAGUGCGUCCUGGCAUGGAUCUCAGCAAAGUCGUUUUACCAACAUUCAUAUUGGAACCAAGGUCAUUCCUCGACAAGCUGACAGAUUCUUACUAUCACGUCGACAUACUCUCUAAUGCUGUUCUGGAAGAUGAUGCUUUUACGAGAAUGAAGUCUGUUGUCAAAUGGUACCUCUCUGGAUUAUACAAGAAACCGAAAGGUUUAAAGAAACCCUACAAUCCGAUCCUAGGCGAAACCUUCCGUUGUCACUGGUUGCACCCGAACGGCUCGAAAACGUUUUAUAUCGCUGAGCAAGUGUCGCACCAUCCGCCAGUAUCAGCGUUUUAUGUCACCAAUCGUCAGGAGGGCUUCUCCAUCACAGCGUCUAUCCUCGCAAAAUCCAAAUUCUACGGUAAUUCGACCUCGGCCAUCUUGGACGGCAUCGCCAUUUUGUCUUUACUACCACGCGGAGAGAAUUACACUCUGACAGUUCCAUAUGCUCAUUGCAAAGGUAUUUUAAUGGGCACAUUGAGUAUGGAACUCGGUGGAAAAGUUUCAAUUGAGUGUGAAAAGACUGGAUACUCAACAGAAAUUGAAUUUAAAUUAAAGCCAUUUUUGGGCGGAGCUGAACAAACAAAUUGCAUCACUGGUCGUUUAAAACUCGGAAAAGAAACCCUGGCAACACUUGAGGGUUACUGGGACGGCGUGAUUACGAUAAAAGACAGAAGGUCCGGUGAACAGAAAGUGUUCUGGAAUCCUACACCGACUGUGAGAAGAUCCAGACUUACCCGAUUUACGGUACCGAUUGAUCAACAGGGGGAGCAUGAGUCUGAACAGUUGUGGCAACAUGUCUCGGCUGCUAUUUCUCGUGAUGACAUGAGCGCAGCUACUGAAGAGAAAACUUCUUUAGAAGAAGCGCAGCGCGCCUUGUCAAAGGAACGCAAGGCAAAAUGUGAAGAAUGGACGCCCAAUUAUUUCCAGCAAGAUCUCAAAACGGGCCAGUGGGUGUACAAACACUCGGAUCUUCGUCCAUGGGAUCCGCGCAACGACCUUUAUCAGUACGAGUGGAAUUAUGCAAUCGCAACGCGGACGAAGCAUCCCACGCCAAUGAUUCGCACGGCUAGCAUUGUCAGCGUGGAUCCAAAUCAAGUCGAGCCACGCAUUCCAGUCAAGCCGAAACGCAAAGUAACCGCCAAGCAGGUAUCCUCAGACGUUGACUGCAUUGAAAGCGCCAGUGAAUCAGAGGAGUACCACUCUGAUUCAACGCAGUCAGCGCCGAAAUCUUCACCGGAAAACGCCGGUGUGUUGGCGGCGAUAGAAAAUUUUGAGAAGGCGUUGAAAGCACAUGACCAACAGUUAGAGAAGAUCCAUGAUGACCUGCAGCAGGUAAUCCUCCAGAAUCAACGACAAUCGUUGCGCGGCAGCGUCGUCGUCAACGACCAACUGAUGUUCGUGGCGGCCAUGUUUGCCGUGCAGGCGCUCUUCAUAUAUUUCCUUCUGCACUGGAAAAACUAAGCAAGUAAAUAUCAGGUAUCAACGUAAUUUAGAAAAAUGGGAACUUAUGAGUAAUGAAAAUACACCAAAACGAAACAAAAAAGCGUAGCAUGCAAUACAAAAUUCACAAAGUUUAGGCAUUUAUAGAGAUUAUUCCUCGAGAGUGUGAUAAGUGAUAAAAUUUGCCAAAUUAAAUUUAAUGACCCGUAGCGAAAAAUUAGCGAAGAUUGAUGGAAACCAACAUCAUAUCAAAAGUUCCAAGUUUUAGACUUGCUUAGCGUAUACAGGGUGUUUUCCGAAGGAAAAAAACGGCUGGAUUUCCUAUUAAAAGACGAAUACGAAUAAGAAUCAAUAAUACAUCGCACAAUAACCAAUAUGAGAAUUUUCCAAAUUUAAAACUAAACAAACAAAUCCUUUGUGACAACACACAAACGUUUAUAACCUAAAAUGAACUAAAUUAAUGACCUAAGUACCUAAGCCCUUGAAUUAGUCGCAGGGGCGCAGGCGAAACAAAGUGCUGUUUGUAAAACAAGCAAUGUUACAUUUAUAACCUUAUUGAAAAAAAAAAACUUGAGAUUAGCGCCGUUUGCGCGAGAGUAAAUCUAAUCUAAUAUUGAAGAGCGUCGCAUGAACUACUUUAUUCCUAAGCGUGUACAUUACUACUCAAACUUACUAAAUUUAUAAACGCAAAUACGUUACUUAUUCUACACACACACAUAUACGUUCACACUUCAAAUUUUGUGCACAAAAUUAUAAACUUUAAAUAUCAACAUAUGGUCGAUCUACUAUAUUAAAGGUUAUGUUUACGUCGGAUUCUUGUACAAGUUGUAACACACUCAUUCUUAUUGUUUAUUUAUUCGUACUUUGAAUGAAUCUAUAUGUUUUAUUUGAGUUAAAAGUUUAAGAAAUUGUUGCCAGUGUUUUGCCAUGUCAUUGAUCACUUAAGUUACUUAAAUGUAUCAUAUAUUGUUAAAGUUAAUUGUAAUUUGUAAAUAUAAGGAUGGAAACAGACAAUUGAUCUGUGGUCACCCUUAGGUUGCAGUGCUGUCAGUGCAAAGAAUACUUGUUAUUGUACAUUGUGUGUACACGAUUGAAAUAUUAUGUUAAUAGCGAUCCAUCAUUCGAUUUUUGUGUGAAUUGUGAAUUGGGAUGAAAGAUUCUCAGCCUUUAUGUGUAAUAAUGUAAAUGAUUUGCUCGAUGCAAUCAUGAAGCGUGAUGGUGAAUUGAUGGAACGAAGCAAACAAAAAAAAAACACAUAACAAAUGCGAGUCGUGUUAGUGCCGUAUCAUUGGUUCAUUGGCGUAAAUACAUAAUGACCUAUUAUAUUUUUAAUAAAAAUAUAUUUCUAGUCCUA